CGGAUUGGUGGGGAGGUGGAGGCCAAUUGCAGAUUGUCUGGCGAUUAUCCAACCAUGAAUACCUUCCCGCGAUAACUGAUGACAUAACUUGAAGAGAUGGAGGAGAUACAAUUUUCAAUGUUCGCCCACCAAGUGUUCGAAAGUCUUUUCGAAAUAGAUUUGGGAAGAAGUGCAGUGUGGGAGAGCAGACCAACGUCUUGUCGACCAGACUCGAGUUGUUGACGUUUCAAGUUCAGUUUUGUGAGCGUUUAAGCUGGCGGGCGUCACCAAUAACUCUCACUGUAACCUCAGGUAUUUGUCAGCAAAAAUAAACUAUGGAAGUAAGCAGUGAAGGGAAGGAUAACUCAUCUUCAUGUGGAACAUUACCAAUUUCUGCUAGAUCUACUGAUAAACUUGAAUUGGGGAAACUUGAGAAAAAUGGAAAAACUCAAGAUAAAAAUAUUCGUACCAUGCAACUGGCAACAACGGAUCUGGAUGCUCUAUUGCAUGUGGCCAAGUCUAGUUUGGGCACUGGACUCCUUGCUAUGCCAUUCGCCUUCAAGCAUGCCGGGGUCAUUGAAGGCUUGAUCUCAACUAUUAUCGUUGGCCUCAUAUGCGCUCACGGCACCCACCUACUAGUAAAAACAUCUCAAAGGAUGUGUCAAACAUUAAAAAAGACAUCAUUGGGAUAUGCAGAUACAGUAGAGGCAGUUUUCAGCUCAUCAAGGCAUACAAGACUUCAAUCUAAAGCUUCAUUAGUAAGAAAGACUGUUAAUAUGUUCCUUUUCCUCACAUAUUAUGGAGCAGAAAUGUCGUAUGUUGUGUUCAUUGCCGCAACACUAAAAGAGGUAACUUAUCACAACCUUGGAUACGACAUGAACAUCCGACUGUACAUGAUAAUGGCGAUCCCACCCCUACUCAUCAUAGGAACGGUGCGCUCCAUGAAAUAUCUGGUGCCCUUCUCAAUGCUAGCCAAUAUGCUGCUUCUGUCAGGAGUCGUAUUCAUAUCGUACUACGUUCUUCAAGACCUUCCACCUCUAUCAUCACGUCCCAACUACAUCCCUAUUACUAAAUUUCCAAUAUUCUUCUCAACAGUAAUAUGUGGCUUGGAAGGGAUUGGCACGAUUCUGCCAGUUGAGAACUCAAUGAGGAAUCCUCACCACUUCCUGGGAUGUCCGGGUGUCCUGAACAUUGCCAUGUCAAUUGUGGUAUCUCUCUUCACAACGGUCGGGUUCUUCGGCUACUGGAAAUACGGUGAUGCUGUCAGAGACACCAUCACUUUGAGCUUACCAGAGGGCUAUGUUGCCUCGACGGUUAAACUACUUGUAGCUUUGGCCAUAAUGUUCACAUAUGGCCUCCAAAUGUCAGCAGUCAUGGAAGUGGUGUGGUCUGCAAUAGAGAAGAAAUUCGAGAGCAAGAACUUAGAUGUAGCUUACUACUCGACAAGAGCCAGUUUUGUCAUUGUAACAGUUCUGAGCAGCAUAGCCGUUCCGCAGCUGGGGCCGAUCCUCUCCCUGGUUGGAGCUGUAGGAUUCUCGACUCUCGGUCUUUUCAUCCCGGCAGCGGUGGACACAAUUCUACUAAGCGAAAGUCACUUCUCCUUCACAAAUUGGCUGGUUUGGAAAAACAUGGGCAUGAUGGCUCUUGCUGUGUUCGCGCUAAUUACCGGAUCAUACCUUAGUAUUGAAACAAUUAUAGUGGACUAUUCGUGAUAGAA